CCCAAAAUCUCAUUUCUAAUUCAUUGAUUAAUCAUAAAUUAAAUUUAAAAUAAUUAAAUUACUCUUCCAAAAUUAACUAAUCCCUCUUUCUCUAUCUCUCUUCAAAUCCACUCAAGAAAAUGGCAACAACAGUUAAUGAGCAACAACAGCCAAAAAUAGCUAAUACUAAAGAAGAAGAAGAAGCUAAGAUUGAUCUGUUUGAAGAUGAUGAUGAAUUUGAAGAAUUUGAUAUUAAUCGAGUGUGGGAUGGCAAGGAUGAAGGAAAAGUAGUUGGUCAACAAUGGGAAGAUGAUUGGGAUGAUGAUGACGUAAAUGAUGACUUCUCUCUGCAACUCAAGAGAGAACUCGAAAACACUGUUGACAAGAAGUAAGUGAAGUCUUCUUAUGUAGGACUAUUUCUGGGUCUGGAUUUGCGACUUGUUUGUGUUAACAUUCUUUUUUUUGUUCCAUUAUAAAUGUUGGAAGUUUUUGCAUUUAUUUGCUAUCAUUGUCUAUCUGAGAACUGUGGCAAUCUGUCUAGAAGUUUAGAGGUGACAAUUGUGACCCAUUUGCUGCUCAUGAAUGAGUCAAUUUUGUUUCCUUAUUGCUCUUAA